CUGUGAGGUUCCGGGGGGCUGUGACCCCCGGGCUGGGCUGUGGAGUUCAGGAGGGCUGUGAGGUUCGGGGGGGCUGUGGGGUUCGGGGGGCCUGUGGUGUUCUGGGGGGCUGUGACCCCCGGGCUGGGCUGUGGGGUUCAGGAAGGUUGUGAGGUUCGGGGAGCUGUGGGGUUCCGGGGGGCUGUGGGGUUCCGGGGGGCUGUGACCCCCGGGCUGGGCUGUGACCCCCGGGCUGGGAUGUGGGGUUCGGGGGGCUGUGACCGGGCCGUCCCCGGGCUGGGCUGUGCCGUGUUUGUGCCUUGAGGCGAUGUGAGGUGCCCGAUUUGGCGGGGUCCAGUGUUGGCCGUGGGGGGCAUCCCCAUGGUGGGGAUCCUGGGCCUCAGUUUCCCCACUGGGGGAAUUCCAUGGGGGUCAGACGUCACCCCCACCUCCGUCGUUCUGUCCCGCCAUCCGUCCGUCUGUCGUCGCCUCCAUCCGUGCGUCACACCCGUGCAUCCUGUCCCCCAUCUGUCCGGCCCCUCCGUGUCCUUCUGUCCCCCCCCGGCAUCCCCCUGUCUGCCUGCACGCACCUUGGCACCACGGGGUGCGUGGGCAGCACCUGCAGGGCCGGGGGUGGCAGCUCGGUGACAAUGUGAGGGGUGACAGGCAGCAGCGUUAACCCUUUCCCGGCUGGCGCGCACCUGGCACGGGCCCGGCUCCGUGCUGGGGGCAGAAACUGAGGCACAGAAACGGGGGCACCUUCUGACCGUGUCCUGCCUCAGUUCCCCCUUUGUGGUGCCACUGAUGCCCAGGGGGGCUGGGGAUGCCAGGUAGGAGAUGUGGGGGGCACGGGGCACGUCCCUGUGCCACGCCAGGUGCUUGUGCCACACCGUGUCCUUGUGCCAUGUCCUGUCCUCAUGCCACACCAUGUCCUAGUGCCACACCAUGUCCCAGCACCUCGCCAUGUCCCAGUGCCAUGUCCUGUCCUCGUGCCACACCAUGUCCCUGUGCCAUGCCACGUCUUUGUGCCAUGUCCUGUCCUCAUGCCACACCAUGUCCCAGUGCCACACCAUGUCCCAGUACCAUGUCCUGUCUCAUGCCCCAUCAUGUCCCAGUGCCAUGUCCUGUCCUCGUGCCACACCAUGUCCCUGUGCCACACCAUGUCCCAGCAUCAUGCUGUGUCCUCGUGCCAUGUCCUGUCCUCAUGCCACACCAUGUCCCUGUGCCACACCAUGUCCCAGCAUCAUGCUGUGUCCUCGUGCCAUGUCCUGUCCUCGUGCCACACCAUGUCUCUGUGCCAUGCCUCAUCCUUGUGCCACACCAUGUCCCAGUGCCACGCUGCCACAAUGUGUCCUGACGUCCAUCGUGUCCCUGUGCCACACCUUCUGCUCAUGCCAUGCUACGCCCUCGGGCCUGAGACUGUUGUGCACCGCUGGCAUCAUGUCCUCGUGCCCAUCGUGCGCUGGAAUCCAGGGUGUCCUUGUGCCACCCUGCAUCCCCCUGCCGUGCUGUGUCCUGGUGCCCGUGGUGUCCUCAUGCCACAUUCUUGUGUGACGCCGUGUCCCAGUGCCUGUCAUGGCCUGGUGGCUCCCACUGUGUCCCCGUGCCACACCAUGUCCUGAUGCCACGCGGUGUCCUCACGGCUGUCACACCCUGCAACCCGUUGUGUCCUCAUGCUACACCACGUCCUUGUGCCACCCGGUGUCCCAGUGCCCGUCGUGGCUCCCAUCGUGUCCCCGUGCCAUGCCGAGCUCUCCAUCCCUGUGCCCACCACGUCCCUAUUCCCUCUGCCUCCUCGUGCCUUGGCACACGACGCCUCGUGCUGCCACGUCCCCGUCCCUGCCACGUGGCAUCUCCACGUCCUCCCGCCGCCCCCGCGGGCCCGGCGCCGUUGCUGGGUGACAGCUGGUGGCCGCCCACGCAGGAAGCUGCUGCUGCGCUGCUGGUGGGGGCACCCCCGGGGAUUGGGGCUCCUGGGGGUGCCAGGGGCUGCUGGGGUUCCCCGGGGUUCCUGGGCUCUGUCUCACCCAUCUCCCUCCGCAGAGGCCUUGGUGAACAGCCAGGAGUGGACCCUGGGCCGCUCUAUCCCCGAGAUCCGCCUGGGCGUCCUGGGCAGCAGCAAGAGCGGGAAGUCAGCGCUCGUCCAUCGGUUCCUCACCGGCUCCUACGUGGGCUUGGAGCCCACUGAGAGUGGCCAGUUCAAGCGUGAGGUGACAGUAGAUGGCCAGAGCCACCUCCUGCUCAUCCGGGAGGAGGCCGGCGCCCCGGACGCACAGUUUGCCAGCUGGGCGGACGCCGUCAUCUUCGUCUUCAGCCUGGAGAGCGAGAGCAGCUUCGAGGAGGUGACGCAGCUGCACGCGCUGCUCAGCGACCUCCGCGGCACCAGCGACGUGGCCCUGGCACUGGUGGGCACCCAGGACAAGAUCAGCUCAUCCAGCCCGCGGGUGGUGGAGGACGCGCGCGCCCGGGCGCUCUGCGGGGACGCGCGGCGCUGCCUCUACUACGAGACCUGCGCCACCUACGGCCUCAACGUGGACCGGGUCUUCACCGAGGUGGCCCAGAAGGCCGUGGCGCUGAAGAAGCAGCAGCAGCUGAUGGCAUCCUGCAAGUCCCUGCCCAGCUCCCCGAGCCACUCGGUCGCCUCCACCCCGGUGGGGGGUGUCCACCCCAGCCAGACCAGCAACGGUGGCCACACCAGUGACUACUCAUCCUCGCUGCCCUCCACCCCCAACGUGAGCCACCGGGAGCUGCGCAGCGAGACCCCGGCCCCGCUGGGCACCCCCAGCUCGCUGCACCGCGGGGCCAAGCGCCGCACCAGCCUCUUCGCCACGCGCCGUGGCAGCGACUCUGAGAAGCGCAGCCUGGACAGCCGAGGCGAGGGGGCCGGCAGCGGCCGUGCCAUCCCCAUCAAGCAGAGUUUCCUGCUGAAGCGCAGCGGCAACUCCCUGAACAAGGAGUGGAAGAAGAAAUACGUGACCCUGUCCAGCAACGGCCUCCUCUUCUACCACCCCAGCAUCAACGACUACAUCCACAGCACCCACGGCAAGGAGAUGGACCUGCUCCGCACCACGGUCAAGGUGCCCGGGAAGCGCCCGCCGCGCGCCAUCUCCGCCUGCGGCCCCUCGGCCAGCAUCAACGGGCUGCUGCGGGACCCUGAGCCCGGCGCCGCCGUCCCCUCGGUGGGGCUGAGCCUGCCUCCCGAGCCAGGGCUGAAGGUGGUGGGCAAGGGGUCCCUGCAGCGCUGCGCCUCCGCCUCUGGUGCCAAGCUGGCCUCAGAGUCCCCGCUGUCCUUCGAGGCCGUGUCCAGCCCUGGCAGCGCUGGCAGGGACCCUCCGCCCUCGCCACUGGUGGACAGGAAGAAGCACCGGAGGAAGAAGCUGAUGACGCCGUCCAAGACCGAGGGCUCGGGUGGGCAGGCAGAAGAGGAGGAGAACUUUGAGUUUCUGAUCGUGUCGAGCACGGGGCAGACGUGGCACUUCGAGGCCGGCAGCUUCGAGGAGCGCGACGCGUGGGUGCAGGCCAUCGAGAGCCAGAUCCUGGCCAGCCUGCAGUGCUGCGAGAGCAGCAAGAACAAGGCACGCAUGGACAGCCAGAGCGAGGCCGUGGCCAUCCAGGCCAUCCGCAACGCCCGCGGGAACUCGCUCUGCGUGGACUGCGGGGCACCCAACCCCACGUGGGCCAGCCUGAACCUGGGCGCCCUGAUCUGCAUCGAGUGCUCGGGCAUCCACCGCAACCUGGGCACGCACGUGUCGCGUGUGCGCUCGCUGGACCUGGACGAUUGGCCCCGGGAGCUGACCCUGGUGCUCUCGGCCAUCGGCAACGCCACCGCCAACAGCAUCUGGGAGCAGAACCCGCGCGGGCGCUGCAAGCCCACCCACGAGUCCUCCCGGUGGGUGUGCCCCCCCCGUGCCCCCAGUGCCACCCCUUGUCCCUGUGCCACCGCGUGGCCCUGUCCUCUGUGCCUCCGGGAUGCCACCUUGCCACUCAUGAUGGUACCCCAUGUCCUUGUCCCCUAUGCCACCAUGAUGGCACCCUGCCAUUCCUGACAGUGCCCCAUGUCCUUGUUCCCUAUGCCACCAUGAUGGCACCCUGCCAUUCCUGACAGUGCCCCAUGUCCUUGUUCCCUAUGCCACCAUGACGCCACCACAUAUUCCUGUCCUCUAUGCCACCCUGGUGCCACCCUGCCAUUCCUGAUAGUGCCACAUGGCCCUGUCCUCUGUGCCACCGUGAUGCCACCCUGCCAUUCCCAACACCACCACAUGUCCCUGUCCUCUGUGCCACCAUGAUGCCACACUGCCAUUACUGAUGGUGACACAUGGCCCUGUCCUCUGUGCCACCAUGAUGGCACCCUGCCAUCCCUGAUACCACCACAAGUCCCUGUCCUCUAUGCUACCAUGAUGCCACCACAUGUUCCUGUCCUCUAUUCCACCAUGAUGCCACUCUACCAUUCCUGAUGUCACCACAUGUCCCUGUCCUCUAUGCCACCGUGAUGCUGCCCUUCCCUCCCUGAUGCCCUAUGUCCCCACCCCGUGUGUCACCUCUGUGCCAUCUCACGGACUCUGAUGCCCCUUAUCCUCACAUCAUCGUGGUGCCACCCCAUGUCCCCAAUGCCCCCGUGUCCCC